CCAGAAUUAUCUAGGAAUAUCUAGAAGACAACUUUCUUCCCGGAAAAAUCUCUUUGUCGAAACUUCUGGAAAUUUCAAAUUCUUUCUUCCAUCGUCCCCUCCCCGUUAAUAAAUACCAUCUCAAUUUCUCCUCCUUCCCCACAAUCGAAUCUUCAUAAAUAUUUAAAUCUUUCAUUAAAUUGCAGUAAUCGAUCGUAUUGCCAAUGGAUUACAGCCCAUUUUUGACAAAUCACUGGUCUCCACAGCAACCAUUAAGCCGUAAAUAUGCUCGUUCGCCUUCUGUCCGCGGCAUUCCGGUUCACACAGCGGAGCCGUCGCGGCCCGCUCAUCCGAUUCAACCCCCGCCGGUUAAAACUUCCUCUCAAAAGGUGGUUCAAAUACCGGUACACUUUGUCGGAUCGGAGUCGACCCGCUGGGCUUCUGCUUUGAAGAUCCAGAAGGUUUUCAGGGGCUUUUUGGUGAGAAAAAGCGUGAAGAAGAUCAAGGGUGUCAAAUUCCAGGUUGAUGAGAUUGAAGAGAGGCUUCUGAAAAGUGAAGUUGUGAAUUUGAUUGAGAGAGAUGAAAAAGAGAGGUUGAAGAUGAAUGAGAGCUUGAUGGCUUUGCUUUUUAAGCUGGAUUCUGUUAGAGGUAUAGAGUUGGGAGUUAGGGAUUUGAGGAAGGUGGUGAUUCGAAAAGCUAUCGCGUUGCAGGAGAAAAUUGAUGCUAUCGUUUCCGUUAAUUCGGAAAAUGCUAGUGAAAUUAAUGACGUUGAUGAGCCAUCGGAGGCCACCGAUCAAGCCAUAGAAAUUGAUUCAGAGAAAUUGGGCAAUGGGAAUUCUGACAAUUUUUACGUCCUCACAGAGCAUUCACCCACAUUGUAUGAUUCUGCUGAAAAUAAUUCAGAAAAUUUGGGGAAUAUAUCUCAAUUUGGGUUGGGAGAAACCCAUAGAAGCAGUCCUAGUAAUUCCAUUAUUUUAAUAUCUCAAUUUGGGUUGGGAGAAACCCAUAGAAGCAGUCCUAGUAAUUCCAUUAUUUUAGUAUCCCUUUUGUCAUGGGAUGACGGAUUAUAUGACAGAGAAGAGAAAGACGAAAGAAGAUUCAAUUACUUGCUAUCGAUUGUCAUGAUCGAGUCAUUGAAAGUCACAAAUUGCAAUAUCCGCUUUCACUCUUCAAGUUUUCUCGAGCUUUGCAGUGGGUUUUUAUUGUUAAUUGGUAAUGGUAGACAAUUGCAGGUGUUGGUGGUUGUGACAGGUGACGAUGGUGGGCUUGGAAAGGAGAUGAACAGUUCUUAA